ACGCCGUUAAGCUCGACCUCCAUAUCAAGCUAUCAACCAACAGUACCACGGAAGAAACCCUAGAACCCAAACCUCCUGGAAAUACACACAAAAAAUGGCAAUCGCGCGAACUGGAGUGUACGUCGACGACUAUCUGGAGUAUGCAAGCACAUUGCCUGCGGAGCUUCAAAGGCUGUUUAACACCAUUCGAGAGCUUGAUGAACGGUCUCACUCAAUGAUAAACCAGGCACGUCAACAAACCCAGUACUGCUUAGGGUUGGCUUCACAGAGCUCAAAGAGAGGAAACGGGAAUAAUUACAAUAAUAAUUAUAGUAUUGAAGAAGAAGAGGCAGCAAUUGAUAAAAUGCGAAAGGAUAUUGAAGUGAAUCAAGACAGUGUAUUGAGUUUGUGUACGGAGAAGGUUUUGUUAGCGAGGCAAGCUUAUGACCUAUUAGAUAGCCAUGUAAAACGACUUGACGAGGAUCUGAACAACUUUGCAGAGGAUCUAAGACAAGAGGGAAAAAUUGCACCUGACGAGCCGGCAAUUCUCCCACCAUUGCCUAUAGUCCCAAAGAUUGAAAAACGCAAGCCCUUGUAUGGAACUCCUCAGUCGAAGAAAUUCGAUUUCAGGGACAGGGAUUGGGAUCGAGAGCGCGAUAGGGAUUUUGAGCUGAUGCCUCCUCCAGGAAGCCAUAAGAAGGAAUUUUCUGCCCCAGUAGACGUUGAUCAACCCAUUGAUCCCAAUGAACCUACCUACUGUGUUUGCCAUCAGGUUUCAUUUGGGGACAUGAUCGCCUGUGACAAUGAAAAUUGCCAAGGAGGUGAGUGGUUUCACUAUGCAUGUGUUGGGCUGACUCCAGAGACAAGAUUCAAAGGAAAGUGGUAUUGUCCAACCUGCAGAUUGCUUCCUCAGUGUCAAUGAUUGUGUAUAUUACAACACUCUUGGGUUGUCUAGUUGAAAUCUCAAAUUAAUGUUGUUGCUGUAUCUUCUUUAGCUGGAACUUUAAAAGAGUCAUUACUGUUAUUCGAUCAUUCAUCCAGUUCCAUUGGACAGGAACAUGAUUUCCA